CUUCGCCUUUAAAUAUGUAUAAAUUUUUUCAAGGGCGGCGCGGCCUUGCGUCCUCAGAAAUAGGUCCUCUUCUGCUCUCAGGUUCUGGAGUCGUUUGUUUCAGCAAUAAUGUCUGCUUCAAUCUCUUCUUCUGUCCGCUUAUUCGCCACCAGAGUUUCAAUAUCUACUUAUUCAACAAAACCCCUAAUGUCUACUGUGAAACCCAUAAAUCUAUCUUUCUAUGUUUUCUCUAGGCCCAUUUCUUUCGAAAAAAUCCCAACAAAAAAGCCAUCACCACCCUUUGUAUCAGUAUCAAGAGCUGCUUCUCUCCAACCCAUUGAAGAACUCCCUCCAAAGCUUCAAGAAAUUGUCAAGCUCUUCCAGUCUGUUGAGGAACCCAAGGCUAAAUACGAGCAGCUCCUUUUUUAUGGCAAAAACUUGAAACCACUCGAUACCCAAUUCAAAACGAAAGAGAACAAAGUAGAGGGUUGUGUAUCUCAAGUUUGGGUCCGGGCAUGUUUAGAUAUCGAUAAGAAUGUUGUAUUUGAGGCUGAUUCGGAUUCGGUUCUGACGAAGGGGCUUGCAGCUUUGCUUGUUCAAGGGCUUUCGGGGCGGCCCGUGGAUGAGGUUUUGAGGGUUUCGCCGGAUUUUGUGGUGCUUCUUGGGUUGCAACAGAGUUUGACCCCUUCGAGGAAUAAUGGGUUCUUGAAUAUGUUGAAAUUGAUGCAAAAGAAGGCACUUGAGUUGUAUUUGGAGGCUGAGAAGUGUAGGGGGCUGGGUUAUGGGUCGAAUUCUGGGAAUGUUGGCAGUGAAAAUUUAAGUGAUGGAUUGAGUAAUAAAAGGGAGAGUAUUGAGAAUGAAGUAAAAGGUUCAAAUAGUGAUGGUGGUGUUGAGAAUUCGAGCACUGGAAUGAAUUCGAAUGAAAAUUUUGUUUCGAGUUCAGAAUCGAAAGUUGGUGGUGAUGGUGGUGGCGGCGGCAAGGAUUCAGAUAAUUUAGGGAGUAGAGGAAAAAGAAUUAAGGAGAUAUUGGAGAGAGAGUUAACUCCCAUUGAGUUAGAAGUGGAGGAUAUCUCUUAUCAGCAUGCAGGGCAUGCUGGUGUGGGAGGAAGUGAUGGUGAAACACAUUUCAAUUUGAAAGUUGUAUCAAAAGAAUUUGAAGGGAAGAGCUUGGUGAAGAGGCAUAGGCUCAUUUAUGGUUUGUUGCAAGAGGAAUUACAGAGUGGCUUGCAUGCACUGUCAAUUGUGGCAAAGACACCGGCUGAAGUUGAUGCAAGAUAAGCGUGCCAAGGAUUUACGGCUAAUAGGUUUAUCAUACCUUUCUUGAUUACAUUUUAUUGAGUGUAAUAAAGAGUUUAGUUUAUAGCUUAUUGGGCGCAAUGUGCCUAAAGAGUUGUUUUUAUAAAUGCUAGAGAAUGUGUUAACUUAUGAAUGCUUAUUGUUAAUCUUUACAGUGCUUAAAUAGACUGUUCAAUUUUUUGCA